UUGAUUUUAGCAGGUGUCUCUCAUGAAAAUUCAAUGAAGCACAUGAAUGAAAGUUUUCCAGAGGAUUUCGUUCUCAUGGGCUUUACCAAAUAUCCAUGGUUGGAUGUUCCUCUCUUCUUUGCCCUCCUAAUCUCCUACAUGUUCACACUAUUGGGAAACAUUGCUAUUAUUCUGGUUUCCCAACUAGAUUCCCAACUCCAAAGUCCUAUGUAUUUCUUCCUCACAAGCCUCUCCUUCCUGGACCUCUGUUUCACCACCACGACUGUACCCCAAAUGCUGUUCAACUUAGGCGGACCCAACAAGAACAUCACUUAUAUAGGCUGCAUGACCCAGGCAUAUGUAUUUCACUGGCUAGGCUGUACUGAAUGUGUCCUGCUUGGCACCAUGGCCUUAGACCGCUAUGUAGCUGUGUGUAAGCCUCUGAGAUACCCUGUAAUCAUGAACCACAAGCUCUGUCGGCAGCUCUCCAGCACUGCUUGGCUCAUUGGUCUGGCCAAUUCACUACUGCAGUCCACACUCACAGUCCAGCUGCCCCUGUGUGGGAACCAAGAACUGGACCACUUCUUUUGUGAACUGCCUGGCCUAAUUAAGAUGGCUUGUGUGGACACCACAGUCAACGAGCUUACUUUAGCAGUGGUGGCCACCUUCCUGAUAAUGGGUCCCCUCUCUAUGAUUCUUGUCUCUUACAGUUAUAUUGCACAAGCUGUAUUUCUAAUACCUUCUGCUGGUGGGAGACUUAAGGCCUUCAACACUUGUUCUUCGCACUUAUUGGUGGUGUCUUUAUUUUAUGGCCCUGGCAUCUACAUCUAUAUGCAGCCUUCAGGGGACAGCCCUCAAGACCUUAUCAAAGUUCUGACGCUGUUUUACUGUGUUAUUACUCCCAUGGUCAACCCAUUCAUCUACACCUUGAGGAACAAGGAUGUUAAAGGAGCUUUGAGGAGACUUCUGAGGAGGGCCAUUUUGUCCAAGAAAAUAUGAUGCUUUAUUCUGAAUAGGAAAGCUCAACAAUAACGUGAAAUAUAUCCUCCUUUAAAUAGAUGUUCCAUCAAAAUCAUGCUCAAAAGUCAAGUCAAGAAAACCUUUGUGUGUUCUGUUUACCACUUCUGAUACCAAACACAUAGGGUUUUUUCCACACAAUAACUGGUUCUCUAAAACCAACUGGAUGUCCUACAGUUCAGUUCUAUUUUUUGGUUGUGCUGGGUCUUCCUUGCUCAGUGCA